UCGCCUGUGUCGGUCCUCGAAACGUAGGAAGUCCUCGUGGCACGGGGAGCUCCAGACAGCCCGUAAACCGCGCAGCCUGAGGGCUCCAUGCCGCAUGCCCUUGUGCAUUCUGCAGGGUGCGGAGGAGCAGAGAGCGGAGCAGCCUGGCGCCCCUCCCCAAGGGAUGUCGGGACCGAGGCCCGUGGUCCUGAGCGGACCGUCGGGGGCCGGGAAGAGCACCCUGCUGAAGAGGCUCCUGCAGGAGCACGGCAGCAUCUUUGGCUUCAGCGUGUCCCACACCACGAGGGACCCGCGGCCGGGAGAGGAGAACGGCAAAGAUUACCACUUCGUGACCAGGGAGGUGAUGCAGCGGGACAUUGCUGCGGGCGACUUCAUCGAGCAUGCUGAGUUCUCAGGAAACCUGUAUGGGACCAGCAAAGCAGCCGUGCGGGCCGUGCAGGCCACGAACCGCAUCUGUGUGCUGGACGUGGACCUGCAGGGUGUGCGCAACAUCAAGAAGACAGACCUGUGGCCCAUCUACAUCUCUGUGCAGCCGCCGUCGCUGGAAGUCCUGGAGCAGCGGCUGCGGCAGAGGGACACUGAGACAGAGGAGAGCCUGGCCAAACGGCUGGCUGCCGCCCGCGCCGACAUGGAGAGCAGCAAGGAGCCCGGCCUCUUUGACUUGGUCAUCGUCAACAACAGCCUGGACGAGGCCUACCGGGCCCUGAGGGAGGCACUCUCUGAGGAAAUCAAGAAGGCCCAAGGGACUGGCCGCUCCUGAAGAGGCGAAAUUCCCGGCUGUGUGCUCCCGGGCGGGCCUGGGAUCUGGCGCCCACCCCCUGGCAGGCCAGGGUUCCCAGGUGGUGCUCUGCUUGCAUCAGCUGGCGCCUGGGGCGGGGGUGCUGCCCAUCAAAUUCGCUCCCUUGCUGCGGUUGGAGGACCCUAGCUUCCCCUGUCCUGCCCCCGGCCCAGUCCCCCUCCUGUGGGGCCUGGGCUGAUGUCCUAAUAAAGAGCUGCUGGUUGGAGUGUC